AUGAUGCAAAUCGAUACCAUUAAUGUAGUGCUGCUCGAAGAAAUGGACAAGUUUAGGGCUAGGUUGGACUCAGCGGAUAGCGAACCCAGUUCAGAACUCGAUUCUCAAAGCCUGAUGGAACUAUGGCAGGUGGUGGCGUUGGAACUGCACCAAUUGGUUCAUCACUCACGCCUUAUAAACGUCAAGGGAAAGUGGGAAAUGCAGUUGCUUUUUGAAGAGUACUAUGCUUUCAAUCAAGCCGACCUGGCCGCCAGAAUCGAUUCUCCGAAUUUAAUGAUGCUAAACCUUAUCCGAAUUUUGAACUCGCUGCUAGGCGUCUCCAAUAAGAUUACGCAUGCUAUCCAACAGGCCUCCAAGGCUAACUCGCAAGUUCGAAGACUCUUAUACUUGAAAGGAAAGAAACUCUCGAAUACUAUCAGUCAAAGUGGGAUUCUGCAACACUUCUUACGGCUGGUCUUUGGAGAUAUGUGGGUCCGACAACGAAAAUACGAAUUGCAAUUGGUGCACGAAGGAAUCGAACUCUCCCAGGCUAUCAGCCAGGUUCUCGGUCAAUUCGAAUUCACCUUUGAGUUAUACAACGAAACUGGAAACCUGCUUCUUGGGUCCAGGCCCCCAUCUCCCUUGAUCUCUAGAAUGGGGCUUACUUGA